AAUCGGGACACUGCCUGUAUUGUUCGGUAAAAGAAGUACUGCAAAAUAGAUGGCUGAAAAACGCUGAAUUAUUAAAUCAGUUCAAAAAGUAAAGAACCAGAGUCACUUUGAUCGUUUCAUACCCGUCAAGGGUGUAACAUAUUUGGUGUUUCCGCCCGGUUCGCGUCGUUCUCUCAAGCAAAGUGGUGAAAGGGAAACCAGCUGGAUCGCAUGGACAUGAACAUAUGGUGAGGGAGAAGACGCUAAUGGCAAAAAGACCCGACAGUAUUCCGACGGCGACGAGUAUUUAGAAGGGACUGAAGUAACUUCGCUUGAAGAUGGGGGAAUGUCCAUUUUGUUGAGAGCAAACGAUCGCAUUCACGCGAUGAGGGCGACCCGUGAUCGCGGUGGAGAAUCUAGUUCUGAUGAGAUCGUCAGGCGCAACCGCGAGGCAAACGAAGGUAUGGCAAACCGAAACAACACUGAAUCUGUACUGAUUCCAGGAACAAACCAGACAAUAAUUCAGCAAAUGUUUCGAAGGGAUUUUAAAAUUGUUGGCCAAAUUGGGGAGCCAAAUCAGAAGAAUAAAUUGAGUUAUUCAAGUUUGGAAAGACAAAUUCAGGGGGCAUUAAAAAAGGGGUAUGAUGAAAGUGAAAUAGUGGAAGCUGUUAUACAAGCUAUAACUCCAGGACUGAAGCUGAAGAGCUACCUGGAAAGUCGAACAGAUUUGACUUUGGUUGCCUUGCGACAAAUUCUAAGGACACACUAUAUUGAGAAGGACGCCACAGAACUGUACCAUUCACUUACUCGCGCAGUGCAGGAAAUAAAGGAAACCCCAAGUCAGUUUUUAGUGCGAGCUAUGGAUCUGAGGCAGCAGGUUCUAUUUGCUUCAGAGAGAGUGCACACUGGACUGAAAUACACCCCUGAAUUGAUCCAAAGUCAGUUCCUCCAAACAGUGUUAACAGGACUUCAAGAUGACACAAUCCGCACAGAUUUAAAGCCAUAUCUAAGUGAUCCACAGACAACAGAUGAGGUUCUGCUGGAAAAACUGAAUGCUGCAUACAGCUUGGAAAUGGAAAGGAAGAACAAAAUGUUAGCUGUGGCAAAAACUAGGAUGCUGAAAGUAGCGUCAGUAGGUGAAGAAACAAGUGAGAGUAUUGUUCCAGGCUGUCACCAAGAGCUUAAUGAAAGACAAGCGAAGAUUCAAAAACGUGACACUUUGAUGGAAAAGGUAGAUGAAGGAAAUAAAGCCAUCUGUGAAGCAAUUCAAAAUCUUACUGCACAUAUAGCAACCCUCAGUCACACUUCUGCGCUUCAAGCAUCAAAAGCAAGUGGACAGUCAGCUAGAAAGUUUUAUCCACAAACUGGGGCCAGAUAUAACAAACAAUGUAAGCAAUGUGAAAAAGAUAACCCAGGUGGGAAGUGCACCCACUGCUAUAAGUGCGGGAGCGCAGAACAUUGGGCAGCAGGCUGUCGGAAGAGACUAAUGACAACGGCCAAUUUAAAUAAAAUUGACAUAUCAUCCUCUGUUAGAGGGAAGGCAAACUCAGUGGACAUAUUCCAUACUACUAUUCCCCCGUCUGGUAAACAGCAGCGAGUUACGAGACUGGUGGGAAAAAGGUGUCUCGUUCAAGGCUCUUUAGGGGGUGUCGCCACUUCAGUAUUGUGGGACACUGGAUCGCAGGUGUCCAUUGUCAGCAGUGAGUGGAAAAGAAAAUACCUGCCUGAGGUUGAAGUGAGGCCUGUGAGGGAUCUGGUGGAAGAGGGAGGACUGAUCCUCUCUGCUGCCAAUAAAACACGCAUCCCGUAUGAGGGUUGGAUGGGAGUGGAGUUUAGGCUGUCCAAGAGUACACUAGCUGGGACAAGCGAUAGCCCACUCUGGGUACCCAUCCUCAUUGCUAGCACCGACAUGGAACGUCCCAUUAUUGGAUUUAAUGUUAUUGAAGAGUUGGCACAGAAAGCUGCUGCGGAAUCGGAUACACCCUCUGGCUCUAUGGUACAGAGACUGUGCUCAGCACUGGAUGUGGGUCGGAAAAGAGCAAGAGCUAUUUUAUCAGUGUUAACCAAAUGCCAGCCCGACCAUGAUUAUCACAUCGCCAGGACAGGACGUCUGCCCACUGUUGUACCCAAGCAUCAGUCAGUGAGUGUGAGUUGUGGAUAUCUGAAUAGUAGUGUCAUGAACAGAACACAUGCCGUGUUAGAACCAAACCAAGAUGAGCCAUGGUCAGUAGGGCUCGUGGUCCGAGAGCAACUUAUCCAGCUUCCGACAGAGGAGAAAGGACAGAUUAUGGUAACUGUUGAGAACGUAACAGACAGAGAUGUAAGUUUGAGUGGGCGUACUGUUCUGGGUGGGUUGCAUGCAGUUGAUUCAGCUUAUCCCCCGCCAAUCAUGUCACCCUCAUGUGCAGAGCCCCGGACAGUGGAAGACAGUAACGAGACUAAUCAAGUGAAGCAGGCAGGCCAGCCCACACACAGUGAGCCAUGGGAUCCUCCAGUGGAUCUAAGCCAAUUACCAGAAGAUCAACGACAGCAAGUACAGCAGAUGUUGAGAGAAGAGUGUAGCGUGUUUGCUAAGGAUGACUGGGACAUGGGGUGCAUCUCUGACUUAAAGAUGGAUAUACAGUUGAAAGAUAAUAUUCCUGUCCAGAAAACAUAUAACACCAUCCCUAGACAUCUCUACCAGGAAGUCAAAAACCACAUCCAAGAUUUACUGAAUCAGGGACUGAUUCAAGAAUCAUAUUCUUCAUACUCAUCACUAGUAGUGUGCGUCAGAAAAAAAGAUGGUGGUCUACGUUUAUGUGUGGAUUACAGGCAGCUGAAUGAGAAAACAUUAGCUGACCGACACCCCAUCCCUAGAAUCCAGGAGAUCUUGGAUAACCUGGGGGGCAACUCAUGGUUCACGGGGCUGGACCAAGGUAAAGCGUACCACCAAGGGUUUGUGGGAGAGAGCAGUAGGCCAUGCACUGCAUUUAUCACACCUUGGGGUUUGUAUGAGUGGGUCCGGAUUCCAUUUGGCCUCACAAACGCGCCAGCUGCUUUCCAGCGGUACAUGGAAGGAUGUUUGAGGGACCUGAGGGAUAACAUCUGUGUCCUUACCUAGACGAUGUGUUGGUGUUCAGUGCAGACUUCAGCCAG